AUGGCUUCAGAUCGAAAAUAUGAUAUGAUUAUCUAUGGCGCUUCUGGUUUCACGGGCCAAUACGUUGUGAAAGAAUUGGCAUUAGUGCAAAAUACCAACAAAAAUCGACCUAUAAAAUGGGCUGUUGCCGGCAGAAAUCGAUCGAAAUUACAGCAAGUCGUUGAUGAAAUCGCCAAGAUAACAGGUAUCAACCUUCAGGAUAUUGAAAUUAUCAAGGCUGAUUCCAAGGAUGAAAAUUCAAUCCGAGAAAUGUGCAGUAUGACCAAAAUUGUCCUUAACUGCGUUGGCCCGUAUCGAUUCUACGGUGAAGCAGUUGUCAGAAAUGCGGUAGAGCAAGGUUGCGAUCACGUCGAUAUAUCUGGCGAGCCUAAGUUCUUAGAAGAAAUGGAAUUGAAAUAUCAUAAUAAAGCAAAAGAUGCUAACACAUACGUAGUUGGUAGUUGCGGAGCAGAUUCCAUACCUGCCGACCUGGGUGUUACCUUUACAAGAGAUAGCUUUCCUGGACAAUUAGGUGUAGUUGACUGCUAUAUAAAUCUUAAUUCCGGACCAGCGGGCACUGCCGUAAAUUUUGCGACAUGGGAGUCUGCUGUCCAUGGAUUUUCUGAUGCUAACAAAUUAAGAAAAAUGCGAAAAGAAGCUAACGCGGUAAAAUUACCCAAAACUGCAAAAUCUGUUGUACGAAGGGGUAACUAUUUCAAGUCCGAAGAAACGCAUGGUUAUGGAAUUCCAUUCAUGGGCUCUGAUCGCUCAGUAGUGCAACGAACUCUCCGCUACUUUUAUAGAGAAGAAAAUGAGCUACCUUUUCAGUGCAUGCACAGUAUUGCUAUCGCCUCUACGCUUGGUUUAUAUAAAUUCCUCUUCUACGGUUUCUUGUUCUCCAUACUGAGCGGAUAUAAAUUCGGUCGUUACCUGUUAUUAACGUUUCCUGGCCUUUUCUCUAAUGGUAUCUUUCGGCGUGGAGGACCAUCACAGAAACAGAUCGACGGAACGACAUUUUCAUUAACAUUUUAUGGUUAUGGAUUUAAGGAUAAAAAUAAAAGCUCUGAAGGUGCAACACCAGACACGCGUUUUGUAACUAAAGUCUCAGGACCAGAACCCGGCUAUGUCACAACCCCUAUUUGUAUGGUACAAGCAGCAAUUGCGAUUUUAGAGGAAAGAGAUUUGCUACCCAGCACUGGUGGCGUCUUUACACCGGGUGCAGCCUUUCGCAAAACAAAUAUUAUAAAAAAGCUAAAUGAUAGAGGGCUUAAAUUUUCAGUCAUCGAACAACCCUCGCCGUUUGAUAAAAAAAUUCGCUAG